AUGGCUACCGCACCCUCUUCCGAGGACAUCGAGAAGAUGGACUCUCCCAUCCAUGCAUACGUUCAAGAUGAGAAUCUUCCAGCGGUCGAGCCCAAACUCUCACGGAGGGGCCUGCCACUUAUUCCUCAACCUAGUGACGACCCAUUCGACCCCCUCAACUUCGCUAGCUGGCGGAAGAUACUUAUUCUACUGGUUAUGUGCAUAUGGACAAUCAUCGGACCCCUUAACAUGAUUUCCGUGGCUGCUGCCUUCUUUCCAAUUUCAGAAGAGCUACACAUGAGUCUCAGCUCUGUCACUUACCUAGUCGGAGCUCCUUUGCUUUCGUACGGAGUUGCUUCCCUGAUCUGGGUUUCUGUGGGAAAUCGUUACGGUGUCCGCCUUGUGUUUGUCUUUACUAGCCUGGCCACAGGGCUAUUCUGCAUCUGGGGAGCAGUGGCCAAAUCAUCAGGAUCACUCAUCGCUGCCAGGACGUUGGCCUCCAUCUUCUCGGCGUCUCCAGAAACACUCGGGCCUCAGGCCAUAGCGGACGUAUUCUUUCUCCAUGAUCGCGCCAAGUGUAUGGGACUCUAUGUCUUGUUCCAGGCUUCGGGUUUCGCGGUGGGCUCCCUGAUUGGAGGCUACAUUACGGCUGACCUGGGCUGGCGCUGGAUUCAGUGGACUGUCUCAUUUUUGUCUCUUGGAUCCUGUGGCCUGCUUUUCCUUUUCUUCCCGGAGACACAGUACACAAGACAAUCUGGAAAUCUUCAUCACCGCCAGCCCAAGCUGGUGGACAACUUUAGAUUUUGGGCCGUAUCUGGAGGCGGCCGCAGCAAGGUCGACAGCCUCUGGAAGUCCUUCUGUUAUCCUUUCAAGUACUUGCCGCAUCCCGCCGUCAUCGCCAUGACGAUUCAUUUCAGUAUCAUGUUAAUGGCAACCAAUUAUAUGCUUACAUCCAACACCUUUAUCUACACAGGCGUAUACAACUUCGAUAUUAAGCAGAUUGCCUUGACUGGCUUUGCACCGUUGAUUGCGGUAUGGAUCGCCAUUCCGUACUGCGGCAUCCUAAACGAUGUUGUGAUCUCAAGACUCCGAAAACGCGCAAACUUCUUACCCGAAUGGCGGCUCAUGUUUUUUGUAUCGACUUGUAUAAUUGGGCCAGUUGGAUGUAUCGUCGUGGGAGUCUGUGCUCAAAACAAAAGCCCUUGGAUUGCUCCCCUUAUUGGCGAAGCCUUAGUCAUGUUCUGUUUUGUCACCGCCAAUAAUCUCACGCAAACGUACCUGGUAGAUAUCUACGAGGCCCGAGCAGACGCGACACUUGUGGUCUUGAACGGAUUCAAGAACUUUGCCGCCUUUGGCAUUUCGUAUGCAGUAGUGCCUUGGAAUACCUCAGCUGGCUAUGCAGAACCAUUUGGAGUUUUAGCGGCGCUUAUUUUCGUUGCGCAUAUUCCUAUUUUCAUCUUUUGGUGGCGAGGCAAAGAGAUUCGUGAAUGGAGCGCAAAACACUGGAAGGAGGCCCAGCCAUCACAUCAUGGUGAUGCCUUCUAG